CAUGAAGUCUCUCUUGUAGCAAGAUGAAUGAAACUACAUACUCUCUACAAGAACAGUUUUCCUGCGUUCUCCAAGCAAUUGAGCGGCUAUAAAAUAGAAAAAUAUAUAAAUAAGGAAAUAUGAAUAUCUCAAGAAACCUUUUUUUGCUACCGCGAUUAAGCACUUUACUAUGCAGCAAGACGUUUUCCUCUUCAGCCUGGGCAUGGUCAGGUCAUAAUAAAUGGUCCAAAAUUAAACACAAGAAAUCUGCAAAUGACCAAGCGCGUAGUAAACAAGUCGGAAAGAUUUCACAGGGUAUUACGAUGACUGUAAGAACCGAAGGUUCCAAUCCCGAUAUGAAUAUUCGGCUUGCAACACUUUUAGAGCAAGCACGCAAAAAUUCCAUUCCAAAAAGUGUUAUUGAAACAGCAAUGAAAAGAGGAUCGGGAGGAGGAGGAGCGGAUGGUAACCUAAUGCAAGCUCUUGAUUACGAGGCAAUGCAUCCAUCGGGCGUUGGAUUCAUCGUUGAAACAAUUACCGAUAAUAGGACUCGAGCGGCAGCCAACAUUAAGCACGUUCUUAAGAAGUAUGGUGCAUCAUUGUCCAACGCCAGAUUUUUGUUUACAAAGAAGGGAAAAAUUGAGGUAAAUCAGCCGGUCGACCGCCCUUCCAUGGAGCUUGGGAACGUAUUGGACGAUGCAAUCGAGGCUGGAGCUGAGGACAUAGUCCAGAGACCAAAAGAAUUAACAGAUGAAGAAGAUGAGGGCCAAUAUGUAAUACUCACGGAGCCCACUUCGUUGAAUGAAGUUGCUCAGUAUUUCAGGUCGCAGAAAUACGAAAUUAAAGACUCUCGAAUGAUCUAUGUGCCGGUUCCUGACACAGCAAUCGACUUGCAGACAAAUGAACAAGCGAAAGAUCAAAUGCAAAAUCUGAUUGACGAGUUAUACGACAUUGACGAUGUCAUGUAUAUUCAUACAAGUGCCGCCAACUCUCAUUAUUUACCCUUAAACAACUAACAUUGGUUUGAAAUAUCUAAUCUUGUCUUUUACAACCCCUCUCAAACAAAAAAGAAUACCUUUCAUUUGCAUAACUGAUACUAGCUAGCAUGUCUGUCAAUCGCAAACACAAUUAUCCUUGCCUUAAUGCUAUAAUAAAUGAAUCAUACACUUUUUUAUAAAAAAACAAAUUUAUUAAUAAUAUUAUAUCUAAAAUACAACAGUGAA